GUAACUUGGUGAAUGACCCCCGAGGAAAGCUACCAGUUUUGGUUUUGGGGAACUUUGAGUGUUUUCAAACGCUGGCAUACUGUUUUUGACACUUUGGAACUCACUUAACCUUCUGUUUUGCUUACGUUAAAAUGCGGGACCGAACUAAAGAAUUGGGAAAUAAUGCUGAGUGUUCAGAUGAAGAUGAAGAGGGUAAAGCACUAAUGAUCAAACCGGGGACCUCUUCUGGAAAAGAGGAGAAAGAAAAUGAAGCCUUCUUCAAAAAGGUCCAUGAAAUUCAUGAGGGGCUGCAAAGUCUCAAAAAAAUGGUGUCUGACCUUGAGAACAAACAGAAAACUGUACUGGGUGUGGCACUACCGGAAGAAAGCAUGAAGAAAGAGCUCCAGACUCUUCGAGACGAGAUAAAAACUGUAGCAAGCCAGAUCCAUAGAAAACUGAAGAGCAUUGAGCCGAAGAAGGGAGAGGAUGAUGGCAAAUAUAUAUCCAUAAACAUUAGGAUGCAGCGGACACAGCAUGGUGUGUUGUCCAAGGAGUUUGUGGAGUUGAUGGGCCACUGUAACAACAUCCAGGCCCAAUACAGAGAUCGGAACGUGGAGAGAAUACAGAGGCAGCUCAAAAUUACUGGGACAAAUGUAACGGAUGAGGAGCUGGACGUUAUGCUGGAGAGCGGGCAGACGGAUGUUUUCACACAGAAUAUCUUGAUUGAUGCUAAAGCCACAAGGCAGGCACUGAAUGAGAUCGAAUCCCGCCGCGAUGAGAUCUUGAAACUUGAGCGAAGCAUACGAGACCUGCACGACAUGUUCCAGUACCUCGCCAUGGAGGUGGAGGCUCAGGGGGAGAUAGUUGACAGGAUAGAAGCCAACAUCAAGCAGUCAACAGACUAUGUGGACAAGGCAAAGCAAGAGACAGGGAAAGCAGUCACCUAUCAACAGAAAGCACGCAAGGUACAAAAAAAAUUUGGAUUGCAGUAUGUUUGGCCAUCCUGAUCCUCAUCAUAGUCAUCGCGCUGAUUUCAGUCUUUGGCGUCUGACACUCCGCAGUGCGACUUGGCUGUAGAUUGCUGACGUGAUCAGAUCCCCCUCGACUGUAUUGUAUGGCUCCAUUUUCAUUGCGCAGUAAAUUCAGUUAAGGGGAACUUUGCUGUUUCAAGCUGCCUUACUCGUGUUUCAUAUUUGCAUUGUAACCCCCUGUUCUAACAGGUCAUUCUUGAGAUGUGGCCUUCACUGUUGAGACAUUCUAACUCGUACACAAAGAGCAGCAUGCCUCUACAAGUAGACUAAUAAUUACAAUCUUGCCCGCAUUUACACUAGUCAAGCAAUAAUACUGUUGACUCUGGUCAGGACAAAUCGUGAACUGUUACAUUGGUGCACCCUCCUGCCAACAACCCACAAAAAAAUAAAGGGGGCGGGGGGUCCUUGAGAAAAAAAAAAACAAUGCAGUAUUGUAGAGUCAACACUGGUGGUUAUAUGCUGUUCUCAGGAAAACUGUGCAUUGAUUGUUAUACUGUUGUUUAUGAAAUAAUCAGAACAAUUUUCUACAUUAGGGUUGUCAUUUAUAGGCAUAUGGACUAAUUAUUGUACAUAAGUAGUGUUGAAAAACUAUGCAGAUUAUUUUUAGAAGUUGAAAUGUUUCAUAAUGCACACAUGUAACUGCAGUUGUAAAUGUUUUUUUGUUUUGUUUUUUUGCGCAUCUACCCCUUGCUGUUGUUGGGGGGGCGGUGUAAGCACUGCAGUGACAGGCCCAAGGUCCCCACAUGCAGUUUAGCUUUUGAACAUGGUUGUCCUACCUUUUACACAAUUACAAUGUACAGCUCAUGUUGAGAUUAUCGUGUGCAUUAACACUGCCAGAUAUGUUUGGAAUUAAUUGUUUAUUCAGUUGUUUUUUGUUGCCAGUUUAACUGAUGUCUUUUGCCUUUCACUUUAAAUGUAACUGAACGAUUCCCGCAGCAAAAUCGUUAAAAUUGACCACUCUUUCACAUAAAGGCUUGCAGCGCUAUACCACAGUAUGACGAGUCUGUAAAGAAAAAAAAAAAAACGGUCAACUCGCCCAUCCAGUUUUCUCUGGCAGGCUGAUGAAAAUGAGGGAGCAAGAGGACAGAGCAGUGUUGAAUUUUGCUACUGUGUAAUUCUAUGGCUGUUGAAUUUAGAAAACUGAACACAUUUAUUUCAAGAUUGUUUUAAAAUAAAAUUUACCAUGUUGUAA